CACGUCUAAUUCUUCCUAAAGUAUGAAUGCCUUUCUUCUGAACUUUUUUCUUUUUUCUUCUUCAAUUCGUCCUUCGUUUCUUCAAUAAGACAUUCUUUACUUCACCCUCAUUUAGAAUAAACAUCAAGUUAAGAGCAUGUCUAUUUUAGAUACUCUAAGUUCGCCCUUCUCAUGUUCUACGGCGCAUAUAAUUACCUCACAUAAUCCGAUACAGCUGGCAGCUAUUUCAAAUUUUAAACUAGCACAACUUACGUUUGCACCGCCGGACUUACAUUCCUUGAGAAAGACAGCAAUAAUUAAGAACGUUAUUGAAGACAUAUACUCUAAUACUCCUUCAGACUGGCUACAACAAAUGACUCGAUGGCAGUAUCUAACUCCAGAAUCCUUAGAGGAGAUGACCCAGGAAGGCUUAGAAGAGAUAUUUGCUCAAUACGCACAAGCUAUCGAAGCUUUUCGGCCUGUAAGAUCUAUUUCGACACUCGCAGAUAGCGAAGAGAAUGAUAUUUUUUCAAAUGAAGUUGACGACGGUCGAGCUGGGGAUGAUCUUUGGGUAGCAGAUGAUUGUAAUCGUGGAUUUGCACAGUAUCAGCAACGAGAGCUUCAGGAAGAAAACCCUAUUACGGAAACAAAAGCGUGCUCGACUGAAAUAACCAGCCCCGCAUUAUUUUUACAACCGAAUGCCACAAUUUCGGACGAAUUAAUUGUAGCUGGCCGUGCUGCUUCGCCGCUCUCAGAUAAACCUCUACCAGCACAACCUAUGUCCUUUGAUACUUCUGGAUCCAACACAGCUUCGGUAGCCAUUGCUGUUGUUACGAAAGCCCGAAGGAAAAGUACCUUCGGUGGUAGUAAGAAUAGAUUAAGUUGGACAAGUGACACUGGUAUUACCUCAAGCGCUGUGUCUCAGAAUCUCGCAAAUGAGAUAAUGAGCUUAUUUGACAUGGACUUUGCGAUUGAUAUCAAUCUAGACACUGCUCCAAAAUUGCCUGAGUUACCUUUCAAGCCUAAAAACGAUAACAGAAAAUCUCUUCACCGACAAUCCCAGGAUAUGUUGACCAGCUUAAUACCUGCCUUUGAAAAAAUUGCUUUAGAGACAACAAUGGAGUUCAAUAAUUAUAGAACAUCUCAUUCCACACCAAAUCUGAGCCGUGCCAUGACUUCUGUUCCUCAAAGAUCAUCUUCUCUACGGUACAGACAACAAGAACAGAGCGAGUCAUUUGUUAGUCCCCUAGCAGUAGUAGUGCCUUCUCCUGCUAUUGUGAACAAAAAUAAAUCCAAGAAGAAGAAUAUUCUGCGUCUCGCUUCUUCUCUCAUGGGAGGAAAGAAAACAUCGCCUCUAUUGUCACCAAAAUCCCAAUUAAGUAAAGAUAAACUACCAAAUAGCCCUGAAUUAUCCUCUGAUUUUAUAAAGGAAUAUUCCAGCUCAUCAAUCAGUUCAAUUGCUAAUAGUGUCGCAGAUCCCAGCAAAGCAUCAUCAAGAAAAGCUAGUACUUCAACUGUAGAAACCAUUAUAAGCUCAACCCUUUCUUCAUCAUGGUCAAAUAUAUCAGCAGAUCAUGUCGAAAUGAAGGCUGUAGUGAAGCCAUUACCUGAAACUCUAAGUACAGCAACAAAGGCAACAGCUCAAGUACACAGUAACAAACGUAAUAGCAGACGGAAACAUUCGACGAAAAAGAAAAGAAGAUCAGCGCGUAUCGAAAAAACCAUGAUAAAACGUAAAAGAGACAGCCAUCAUCAUAAGCCAAACUUGCAAACGGGCGAUAGCGAAGCUUCCAUUUUAGAAGCAACUGCAACAAACUCUUCAACUUCAUCCUUUCUUGUUCCAUUUGGUAAAGGACUAAGUCGAUCAAAAUCCGCGUUCAUCAAAAUUGGACAUGGACUAAAAUCCAAAAAAAGCUAUAAAAAGCAACUAAGAAGAGUCUCGUCCGUAAAACAUUUAAACGAAGCCUUAACAGGCAGCGCAUCACAUAAGGAGAUAAAUGCCUCUCAGAUAACAGACCCAUACGUUCAUUGCAAUGGAAACGACACUCGUUUCAACGGUAAUAAAUCUGCACCUAUUUUAGUCGCCACUGCUUUUUCUGAAGAACCUCAAGUGAGACGACAGCAGCUACCACUGGAACAACAAAGCUUUGUAAAAAGGAUGACUUCAUUUCACUGGAAAAUGAAAAGUCGUGGUGAUCAUAGUCGCAAAUCUGCAGCUGAGGUUUAAUCGUAUAUAGUUUUCAUCAUCCUCGUCAUUAUACCCUUGACUUACUAACACAGUGUCUGAACUUUCAUAAUAUUUGCAUUGAUCCUUUCGUUAAAAUAAAAGCUUUGAUUGACUACGCU